GCGACGUAAACAUUCCUGAGCCGAAAGUGUCGUUCAAACGCACUCCAUCUCCCUUUCGUAAUUCGUUUUUGUGAAAUAAUCCCACACUACAAGAUUUAUUUCCAAGACGACUGUGUGAGGUUGUGAGUUUCAGGAGGAACAAAUUGCAAGGAAUUUAAGUGAAGAACCUAUCCCAGCAGAUGGUUUAGAAGAAGGAAGUCAAGAUCCAGGAACCAGAAGGACAAGCAGAGAGAAACCAGGAAACUACCCACGUUACUGGAUUAAUGGAAGAGGAGAGGAUUCCAGGAACCCGUUGAGGAAGAGGACGAGGAACAGGAAGGUGAAGGUUUAAGGCCGGAGGAGGAGGGUGAAGCAGCGAAUCACGACCAAGGUAAAACCGUGGCUGGAGGGAGCCCCAAGAGUCAGGUGCAAGUCAUAAUUACAGAAGAGAGCACUGUUCAAGGUCAGGGUGUUAGCAGGGUGGCCAGUGCAGCACCAAGGGCAGGUGAGGUUGAGGGGCGGACAGGUGCCCAAGAGGAGACUGAAGCUCAGGGUCGGGUUGAAACUGGCAGUACUCUAGAAUUCCGAGGCAAAUCGACAGCCGUAACUGCAAUGGAUGAAAUUCCAGUUAACCGUGAUGGACCUUCCUUUGAUAACAGGCCAGCCACUUCAGGGAAGCGAUUAGGAACUUCAUUUGGUGAGCGACCAGGGACUCGAGGUUCAGUCUUGGCAGGAGAGGGUCCACUGUCUCGGGGAAUGUCCAUGGCUGAUCGUCCAGGCUCCCGGUCCAUGGCAAUGGAGAGACCGGAUACCCGCCAGACAUCGUCUUACGGUGAUCGGUCGAGACAGGGGGAUGGGAACAGCAGACCGACAACAUCAGGUCGCCCCAUCACAGCUCGUCCGAUUAGUGCAGCACUGCGAAAUGCACCUGGAACGGCAUCUAGACUCCUUUCUACUGCCAGUGUACAGCGCCCAGGAGCAAGGACUGGGGUAGCCACUGGUAUAGGGUUUAAUACACCAAUCAAUGUGGUGGACAGACCCAUCACCCAGCAAGGACUUAGCGGCAUGAAAACAUCAUCACGUGGACCUCAGAGGCAGGUCCAGGACAAGAGCUACUUCAUGGGCCAGCUGCGCACCAAGAUCACGGACUUGGGCACGGAGAUCACGCACCUCAGCACAGAGAUUGACAAGAUGAAGCAGGAACAGUCCACCUUCCUCACGUAUGACAAGCGCGUCAAGGAAAUGGCACAGGAACUCACAGAGCUUCAGGGAACGUUAGGAGAUUACAACCUACUGGUGGACCUCUUAAACACGGACACCGAACAGAUUGAGAUUGACGAAGAGAUCAAGGGCCUGAAGGAAACCAACAAGGAGGAAGCGGACAAACUCGACUCUCUUUUCUCACACAAACAGGAUCUUGAGUCCAUGAUGAGGCAGCUGGAAGUUGAUAUUGAAGAGGAAAGGCACAUGGGUGAGAGUCUAUUGGAGGCGAUGCAGCCAAACCUACGACAGAAAUACUUUGAUCUGCGGCAGACCAAUACCACCCUCCUUCAGCAACUUGACCAGAUGCAGCUGGAGUUAGAUGCCCUCGAUAACAGGAAAGCUGCAUUAGAGGAUGAGCUGGCCCUGUCAAAGGUGAAGCAGGAAGCUGUGGGCUUAUAUGAAAAGCUUCAGGACCUGGAGGAGAAAAAAGCCGAAAUUAUCAACGAGAAUCAAAAAAGAGGAACACCUAAAGAAGAGAGAGAGAGGCUCUUGCUUCAGGUUAAAGAAGACAAUGCAGAGAUUGCAACAAUGGAACGUCAGAUUGGAGAGGUUCAAGAUCAAAUACGCAGAGUCCAGGAGGAACUUCAGCAGUUGGAUCAGGAUUUAGAAGAGAACCAGAGUGAGAGAAGCCAGAAAUACAGAGAACUAAGGAAACGUGAGGAAACAAUGGAACAAUUUUUGGCCACUUUUGAUAAGAAUAAACAGGAAGAAGUAAAGCGAUUGGAAACUCUGGAGAAGAACAACGUUGCAUUACUUGAAAAGCUUUCCCGCAAUCUGGCCCAUUUCAAUCACCUCCCUAGUACACGUGACUUUGACAUUAUGCAGUCUGACUUGGCUUUCAAGGAAGGAGAGUUAGAGAAGUCGAAAUACACAGAGCAAGGACUGAAGCAAGAACACCUGAAUUUGCAGUCCAAUCUACAAAAGAUUGAAGCACUGGAAUUAAAGAUUCAAAAGGAGAUGGUAGAACUGAAGGAAAAAUUAGCUAAGAUGGAAAAGGAAAUGGUCGAGUUUUCUGACUUGGAUGGCCUAAGAUCGAAAGCUGAGGAGAAGCGAAGGAACUUAGCUGACGAGAAAGAGCAGCUGGAUGAGAGGAAAGGUGCUGUGACUCAGAAUCUCCAUGAAAUUGAGAGUACAGUCAAAUCACUUAAGAAACAACUAAAUGAAAAUGAAACCUACACUCAGCUAACCAAUCUUGAGAAGAAAUGGGCACAUUUUGAACAGUCAAACUUCACUCUCCAAGAAUUUGUAGCCCAGAGAAGAGCCGAGUCGAAUUUCCUGCCUCUCCAGAAUCAAGCUAUGAAACUUGUCCAAGAGUAUAACAAGGUACUGCAGGAUGUAGUGCAGAACGGCACUAUCAUGUAAUGAACAUGUUUUGCAAAUGGUGUAAAAUGUGUAGGGAUCCCAUUUCUACCUGCCAGAGAGCAGAUGUUAUGAGAAUGCCUUGGGUGAUUUUAACUACACUAUACUGGUUCUAAAGUGUAUUACAGUAAAAAUAUGCAAUUUCCAUUUCUUGUAGUUUAUGGACUGCAUAAAAAUAUAUUCAAAAGUGUAUCUUUCAGUAUGCUUAUUAUUGUCAAAUAUAAAUCUUCAGUGGCCAUUUUUUGUUAUAAUCAAUGCACCUAAAUAAAUUAUAUUCAUAA